AUCAUAUUUAUCAGAAAGCCUUCCUCGGCAAAAUAACGGAGGUCGGAGAAACAAAGUUGUGUGCUAGAGAGAGUGUCGAAUAUUAUCGUGAGACGAUAGUAUAUUAUAUUUCUAGUGCUAAUUUGUUAUAACUAAAACAAGCCAUGGGUGUAGAAAUUGAGACAAUCUCUCCAGGAGAUGGAAGAACAUUUCCAAAGAAAGGGCAGACUUGUGUUGUGCACUAUACAGGCAUGCUGCAGAACGGGAAGAAGUUUGACUCCUCCAGAGACAGAAACAAGCCUUUCAAGUUCAAGAUCGGCAGACAAGAAGUAAUCAAAGGCUGGGAAGACGGAGUAGUACAGAUGAGCUUAGGCCAGCGAGCCAAGCUAACCUGCACACCAGACAUGGCUUAUGGGGCUGCAGGGCACCCUGGUGUCAUCCCACCCAACGCCACUCUUAUCUUUGACGUGGAACUUCUUAAACUGGAGUGAAGGUGGCAGGAGGAACCAAAAGAAGAGGCAGAUAUAGCCACUCAUCUCAGAGAAUCAUGUUUCACAGUCAUUAGCUGAUCUUCAGCUUCAUUGCCAACCUUGUCAUUUUAGAUGCCGAUCUGUUUAAAAAGAAAAAGAAAAAAAAUCUGUUUUAUUCUUUUCUUUUGUAUUAAUUUGUUAGCUUUGUUUAAUGAAAAAAAAUUUUUGAAGAUGUACAUUUUGUUGAAGAUGCAAGCAACUGAAAAACAAAAUUAAAUAUAUACUGUGUAUUAUAUCCUCCCCUGGCCCUGUUUUAAUAUGAAUAAUUUGAUAGCAUUCAUUGCGCGGUUCUGGCACCACAAAAAAAUAAAACGGCUGUGUAUAAUUUCUAAAUGAAAAUCCCAAAAUCCAUUAAAAUCACUACAGGGACAGGAGGAUGCAUCUUCAAACUACUGCCUUACUGUUCAGAGAAACAUAAACAAAGCAUAAAACUGUAUUGCAUUCUGUACUCAUUGGGCCUUAACAGCCAACUUUAAAACAGUGAUAAAUGUUAAAAUAGAAUGGUGACAUUUCAGAUUGCUAUUUGUGAACUGACGUGGUCAAUACAACUCAUAAAUAAUAACAGAGAAGCUAGCCCCUGCCUUUGAAAGCAGCCUUCCUGUGUUGUUGAUGUUCAUCAUUUCUUUUGGACAGUGACAUCAAUCCAAUCUUAACACCCCCUGUAAUGGGUUUGAUCUCGAGUAGGUGGCUAGGACUAAUACAGGCUUUUCCGUAAGCAUUUGUGGUUGUUUUGUUACAUAGUUUUGAAAGCAUUUUUGUUUUACUAAAUAGCAAUAAAGCUUUCUAGAAAUGUGUGGUUUAGGUCAUAAAGAAAUACUGCAUUAAAUAUAACUGCAUUCACAUUCUUAUGUUACACUAUGUAUACACAUCCCCACCUACUAGCUACCCUUUUUACCUGCUGGUUGAAUUCAGAGGCAGGACAAAUCAAGUAGCGAAUACAGUGGAUUGAUAAACACAUGAACAGGUUGCAGAACAGUGAGCAAGCAUAUACAGAACAUAAUACAUAACAGAGGGUAGAUCUGCCUGCGCUGCCUCGUCGACUCACAAUUAAGUUGGGGAGUGGCAAGAAAAUCCCAUACCUAGUAGGUGAGAUCAAGAAAUGAGAGCGACAGAACAGGUAAUACAAGUAGGGUUAGACACUGCAAAAGGGGAGUGCCCUGACCCAACUGAACAUUGGCAAGCUUCUUUUUAAUACGAUUAAAUAUAGCAAAACUUUUAAAUAACACAUUGUGGGGUCGUAUUCUCAAAAGUAAUAGAGAAAAAAUACCUAUUAAUUUUAUAAAUAAAACAACCUGUUAACUUAUUUUAAGGUCUAUUGACCAUUCUCGAAUAGUUUAUUUCUAGUUUUAACAUUAACAUGGAUUU